GAACUGCGUGCUUUGAAACCUCUCUCUCUCAACGGCAUACUAAGGGCAGAGAACUCCAUCUCUUCUUGAAUCCAACUAUCCCUUUUCAUCAAUCUCUCACAAGUUAGAGCUGAAUUGAAGAAAAUCAAUCUCCGCGAAGAAAAGAAAAGAAAAGAAAAUCGAUUUCCUGCCCUAGUUUUCGUCUAUUGGACAGGAAACUCCGUUAGUUAGGGUUUUAUGCAUCGAUGGGGAGCAUCGGCGAAUCGGACCGGAAGCGCCGCCACUUGAACUCCAUCUCCCCCAUGUCGACUGCCACCACCAAGAAGCAUCCCCAUUGCCCGUCUUCGGAAGAUAAUUUGCGUGAUUCUGCUGUACUCCAAUACCAAAAUGAAAAGCUUUUUCAGCAAUUAGAAGCUCAAAAAUCUGAAUUUCUUGUUCUGGAAAAUAAACUCCAUCAGCUAAAAGAGAAACAACAGACUUACGAUGCAAAGUUAAAAUUGGUCAAUAGAUCUUGGGAACAGGUGGCUGGUGACUUGGAAUCGCUUUCAAUACGCACAAGGGGCUCUGCGAAUGGUGGAGAUGAUGUGAAACAUUCAAGAAUUGUGGAGGAUGGUGCAUCUUGUCCCCCAAAAGAUGCUUUUUUAUCCAGACUUCUGGAAACUGGUGCCAUUGACAGUUGCUCUACAAAGGGAUCCCCUCAUCAAAUGAAUGAUGAUAUAAAGACAUCAUGCUCUACAACCAAUAACAUCAUAAGCAAUAUCAUUGCUGCCAUUAAUGACUGGUGGCAUGUGAUUGAAGUGUUGUCUGCUGCACUUCUGGAGACUCUACCAGAAGAUGACCUGAGCAAACAAAUGCAAAAGACAACUAAUGGCUUAGAGAUGGAUGUUAAGAGCUUACAAGUAGCGCUAAGUGACCUUCAUUUGAAGCACAGAUUAUUGAUGAAUGAGGUACAGAUCCAUCGAGAUACUAAUGCAAAGAAUAAAGCAAAGCUUAAACAUCUAGCAGGGGAAUUGGAGAAUACUACUGCUGAGUUGGAAGAAAGCAAUUGUAAACUGACAAACCUUAAGGCACAAAAAGAUGCUUCACAAGGAGCUUUUUUCCCUGUCCUAAAUCUAGGGAAUAAAUAUGCUGAAGGAGAUAAGGUCAGAGAUAAGCGAAAAGAGUUACAAGAUAUGGAGUCUGCCCUCAAACAGUCGUUGGAUUUAGCUUCAAAUAGACUUGUAGAGCUUGGGAGUGUGCAUGAAGAAAGGAUAGGGAUUUUAAAGCAGUUAGCUAAAUUGGAGAACACUAUGAAGGGUGUGAAACAUAUUUCUUCAUCCAAAACUUAUCUCUUGCUAAGCAAUCAGAUUGAAAAAUCAAAGGCAGAAGUCGAUCAGUGUCAUGCAUUGUUGGAGAAACUACAGGUUGAGAGGGAAGAUUUUGUCUGGUGGGAAAAAGAAAUGAAUAUGAAAGUUGAUUUAGCUGACAUUUCUCAAAGAACUGCUGCAAUUGUAGGCUCUCGAGUAAUUGAGCUAGAAAUGGAGUUAAAGAGACAAAUUAGUGAAAAAAAUCUGCUCAAGAGUAGGUUGGAAAAGGCUUCGAGAGAGCCAGGACGGAAAGAGAUCAUAGCAGAGUUCAAGGGACUGCUUUCAUCUCUCCCCAAAGAUAUGGAUGUUAUGCAAAGCCGACUAAGUGAGUAUAAAGAAGCUGCUUUGGAAGUUCAUUCUCUACGAGCUGAAGUUCAAUCUCUGUCUAAUAUUAUUGAUAGGAAGUCAAUACAGGUAACUGCGUUGGGAGUGCUAUCGAGUAGAUCUGCUGAACAAGUUGCUGAAAUACAGAAAAUGCAGGCUGUGGUUUGGGAUCUAAAGGAGAGUGAGAAGGAGCUAAACCUAAUUCUGGAAAUGUAUGGACGUGAAUCCACUGAUUCCAGGGAUCUCAUUGAAUCUAGGGAUUUGGAAUACAAAGCAUGGGCCUGUGUCCAAAGUCUUAAAUCUUCUCUUGACGAGCACAACUUGGAGUUGCGUGUUAAAGCAGCCAAUGAAUCUGAAGCAAUGUCUCAACAAAGGCUAGCUAAUGCUGAAGCUGAGAUUGCCGACCUGAGGCGGAAGUUGGAAACUUCUGGAAGCCUUUAUUCAUAUUUCAGGGAUAUAGGUAUGCUGUCUGAUGUUCUGAAAUCUAAACAUGAGGAAGGUGAAGCCUACUUGUCUGAAAUUGAGUCGAUUGGGCAGGCAUAUGGAGACAUGCAAACUCAAAACCAACAACUGUUGCAACAAAUUACAGAAAGAGAUGACUACAACAUCAAGCUUGUUUUAGAGUGUACGAAGGCAAGACAGGUGCAGGAUGCUUUGCGCAUGGAAAAACAGGUUGUGGAAAAAAAGAUGCAGCAAGCCAAUGCAUCGCUCGAGUUAUAUGACAUAAAAACUGCACGAAUUGAAGAGCAGCUGAAAAUUUGCUCAGAGCAGGUAGGGAAACUUGCAGAGGGUGGGUGGCAGUGUUCUGUUGCUUUGGAGAGUGCAAAAAAGAGGCUGUUGGAUGUAAAGAGGGAAUCUCAGCAGCUAAAGCAAUCACUGGAUGAAUCAGAAUCCAUGGUUGCGAGAAGCAGACUGGAUGUUGUGGGGUUGCAGAUAGAGUUAGAACAUGAAAGGUCUAAAAAGAAGAGACUAGAAGAGGAGUUGGAAGUUGUGGCAAGGAAAGCUGCAAGUCUCAGUGCACUCACAGAGGACUCGUCAGUCUUGGAAAAGCUUCAAGAAGAAGUUAGAGAAUACAAGGAGAUACUGAAGUGUGGCAUCUGCCAUGACAGACAGAAGGAGGUCGUCAUUGCCAAAUGCUACCAUCUCUUAUGUGCUGCCUGUGUCCAGAGAACCCUUGAUAGCCGCCGGAAAUGCCCAAUCUGUUCCACAAGCUUUGGCCCUAAUGAUGUUAAAAAUGUUUACAUAUGACCAGCAAGUUUUGCUGCUGCUGUUGGAGAGGAGAGCCCGAGGCAGGUGUCUCAACCACAUAAGACAGGUUCUGAGCUGCAGGUUCGUUUGUAUCACUAAUAGAGAACUCUUGUAAAAAUGUUUGGACUGUUGGUGGAAGCUGCAUAUAGUCCCCUUUCCGUCCACUGUAGAUUGCCUUUUGUAUUCUGGGCACAGGUUUACAGUGUAAUUUUCUUGUUCUGCCUCUGCCCAUUAAUUGCUUGGAACAGUUGGCUUACCAAAGCUGUUGGAAUGUCAAAUUGAUUAUUUGCA